UGCAUGUUUAGCCGGUGAAGGGAACGGAUCGUUUACUCCGUGAUCGUUUUUAAAAACACGUGAAAAAAUAAUUCUCUGCUCAUAUUUAUUUAUUUAUUUAUUAUUUUUAUUUAACCAAUAAUUUAAUUUAUUUAAUAAAAUGUGUAAUUAAAAAAAAAAGGCGCAAGUGGUUGAUUUGUAAAUUUUUUUUGUGUACUUGGUUUUAAUUAACAAAAAUUAACUCAAGGUCCGAGUUAAUUGAAUAUAAAAUUUAAAAGUGAAAAUAGAGAAAAAAAAACUAUACUAGAGUGAUUGUUAAUAAUUGUAAUUACAAAUAGUAUUUAAAAUAAAAUAAUUAAAACAAGUGAAAGGAGAAUAUUUGUAUGUAAUUUAUUUAUUUAUUUUUUGAUGACAGUAAAGGUUAAAUUUUUUAUAAAUAACAAAAGUCUUUUAAAUAUUUAAAAGACAUUGUGAAGUUUUAAGUGUCACUCAUUUGUGGUAGUUUAUAGUUUAAAGUUUAUUUAAAAGGCUGAAGGAUUUAAUUAAUGUUAUGAGAGUACACUAUUUAUAAAUGCAAUACACAAAAGUCAAAGGAUAUUGAACGAUGAUAUUUUUCAUCGGAUUUUUAAUCCCCGUUUUAGGGAUUUUACAAGUACAAGGAACAAAAUGCGGCCAUCCAGCAGUACCAAUGAACUCAAAAGUCUCACUGUCAAACGAUUCAUUGUCAGCUGGUACCUUGGCGACCUACACUUGUGAUGCCGGUUACGAGCUCUUUGGGCAAUCUACCACGACGUGUAGUAAUAGAGGAAGAUGGCAAGGAGAAUUACCAUUUUGUGGAACAAAUGUAGGAUUUCGUAAGCCGGCGAAUCAAUCGACAACUGUCCGUGGUGGCGAUGCUAGCCACGGUAAUGAUGGAGACACGGGAACCGAACAUGAUGGAAAAAGAUGUACAGAAACUCAAAACGAACCUAGUCCAUGGUGGAAAGUUGAUUUAUUGAAAGCUUAUUCUGUAAAAGUUGUUAGAGUUACUACCAGAGGUUGUUGUGGUCAUCAACCUCUCCAAGAUAUUGAAAUAAGAGUUGGUAAUAGUAGUGCUGAACUACAAAGAAAUCCAUUGUGCGCUUGGUUCCCUGGAACUAUCGAGGAAGGCAUUACAAAAACAUUUAUGUGUGCAAGAGCACUUGUAGGUCAAUAUGUUUUUCUUCAACUAGUCGGUGUAGAAGGAAGUUUAAGUCUUUGUGAAGUAGAAAUAUUUGCAACAAAUGAAUUCUCCAUUGACAGAUGUGCCCAUGCCGGUACUCCUGCAGACGCUGACAUUGCAGCAUUUGAUUCAACUUGUUAUGAGUUUAUUGUAACAAAAGGUGGUUCUUUUCAAGACGCAAGAAAUUAUUGCAAAUCGCGUAGUGGCGAUCUAGUUCAUGGUUUCAAAGGCAUAUCGUCAACUUUUAUACUGAACAAUUUAGAAAAACGAAAACAUAAAUUAAAAACGCAGCUUGUAUGGAUUGGCGCCCAAAAAGAACCCUCGAUAACUGCAAGAACAUGGCGAUGGGUCGAUGGUGAAAUUGUACAAAAACCAUCGUGGGGAAAAGAUCAACCUAAUAAUUAUAACGGCGAACAAAAUUGUGUUGUACUUGAUGGAGGAAGAAAUUGGCUUUGGAAUGAUGUUGGGUGUAAUUUAGAUUAUUUGCAUUGGAUUUGUCAAAGUAAUCCGUCUAGUUGUGGCAGUCCUGAUAAAUAUGAAAACACAACGAUCAUUGGUACAAAGAAAACAAUUGGUUCCACUAUUGAAUAUAUAUGUCCGGAUGGAUAUAUGCUAAUUGGUAAUAAAUCACGUGCGUGUGAAGUAAAUGGAUUUUGGAGUGGGAAACCUCCCACAUGCAAAUAUGUUGACUGUGGAACACUUCCGGAGCUCGACAAUGGACAAGUUAAAUUAGUUAAUAAAAGGACGACUUAUGGAGCUAUCGCUGAUUAUGUAUGUAAAGAAAAUUACACGCUUAUUGGUGAUACCACAAGAAGGUGUGGUGAUGGCGGUAUUUGGAGUGGACAUCAGCCCCAGUGUCUUUUUGACUGGUGUCCUGAACCGCCAGAAAUAAAUGGUGGGUUGGUAACAAAAACAGGAAAACGUGCCGGUUCAACGGCAACUUAUACCUGUCAGAAUGGUUUUAUUCUUUUCGGAGACAAUGUUCUUACAUGUAAUGUCGGUGGAGGAUGGUCUGGCAAAGCUCCACAAUGUAAAUUUGUCGAUUGUGGUGCACCAGCGCAAAUUGAAUAUGGAGAAGUUAAUCUUUUGAAUAAAACGACAACUGUGGGUAGUAUUGCGAUGUACACUUGCCAAGAUGAUUAUUGGCUUGUUGGUAAACCUCGGCAUGAAUGCACUAGAGAUGGAAAAUGGAGCCAUCAAACUCCUUCGUGCGAAUUAAUCACAUGUGAAGAACCCGAAGUACCAAAUGGAAGUUACGUCGUAGGAUACGAUCUAAAUAUCCACAGCUCAAUAGAAUAUCAUUGCGAAGCCGGUCAUCUUCUUAACGGCGAAGCCAGACAUAUUUGUCAAAAGAACGGCGAAUGGUCAGGCCGUGUACCUACAUGUGAAUACAUCGAUUGUGGAAAAGUUUUGCCGAUGUUAAGUGGAACAGUGGAGUAUGUUAACGAUACAACACAUUUAGGAAGUGAAAUAACGUAUAGUUGUACUAAAAAUUAUCGAUUAAAUGGAGUAUCCAGGCGUUAUUGUCUUGACAAUGGACAGUGGAGUGAUGCUACACCCAAAUGUGAAGAAAUACGUUGUCCUGAACCAAUACUUGCUGAGCAUGGAAUAUUAUCUGUUACUGGUAAUGACAGAAUGUAUGGAAGAACAUUAGUACGUACUGGGACAGUAGAAAAUUCAAAUACUGGAGCAACAUCGUAUAAAAUAGGUGCUUUGGCUAAAUACAGAUGUGAAAGGGGCUACAAAGUUGUUGGCGAGCCAUUAUCGACGUGUGAAGAUAAUGGAAAAUGGAGUGGUGAAGUACCACAGUGUAUUUUCGUGGAUUGCGGUAAACCCGAUAAUAUUCUUCACGGUGAUUACACUUUGACCUCAAAUGCAACUUACUAUGGUGCAGCAGCACUUUAUGCUUGUAAUCCGAAUUACGAACUCGAUGGAUUUGCUCGAAGACAGUGUCUCGAAAAUGGUACUUGGAGUGCAGAAACGCCAGUUUGUCAAGAAAUAUUAUGCCAAGACCCGGAACAAGUUUCCCCGCUUUCAAUUCAAGUAUCAACUCACAGUAUCGGUGGCGUAGCACAUUACAGCUGCCCACGGGGUUAUUAUAUGGAAGGCAAUGACACAAGAGUUUGUUUACAAAAUAGCUCUUGGAGUGGAUUUAUUCCUGCUUGUUAUCCAAUGGAUUGCAAGCAGCCGAGAGCAAUUGAAAAUGGUAGAGUUAUCAUUGUGAACAGCUCAACUUUGUAUGGUGGAGCUGCUGAGUAUCAUUGCUUGCCACUAUUUGAAAGGGUGGGGCCAUUCCUCAGGAAGUGUUUGGACACUGGAUUGUGGAGCGGCGAAGAACCGAGAUGUGAAAUGAUUUCAAAUGAAAUAGCAGAAGCUCAAGGUGUUGGUACAAGCGUUGGAAUCGGAGCUGGAGUUAUUAUUUUUAUUUUAUUAAUUCUUGGAUUAGUUUACCUAAGACUACGUAAAGCAACACCAGUAAAAAAUACUGAAAAUGUUCAAGCAGCAGAAAGGAAAGAGGAUCAAAAUGCUGCUGUUAUGUCUUAUUCUAGUUUGAAUGAUAACACGAAUGGUCGGAUGUAUGAAAAUGUCCCAGAGGACGGCCUUUAUGAUAGUCCGUACAGCGGGACCGGAAGCACGUAUGGAUACAGUGGACAAAAUGGGAGGCGAACUUACAAUAGAUCUGGCCAUUACGAAGUAGAACCACCUCCUAGAAAUGGUAUCACUAUUAACGGUGUUACCGUUCGAUAAUUAAAUUUGUAAAAAUAAAAUUUAUUUAAAUGAAA